AUAACCAUGAUAUGCCACUCACCCGGCCUGUUCGUGCAACAAUCGCCUUGCCUGCUUUGUAGCAGAUUGACAGGAGGAUCUCAAUCAUAUCCCCUCUCAUUCCUAUAUAUACUCAACUCACUCUAGAAAUGAGUUGAGCGCUGCUGCCCGCAUCAUGGUGCUCUUGCCCUGCAUCUUCCUCUCAUCUCUCGCCGCAGCCUCAAUCAUCGAUGACUCUGGGUCUUCGUCUUCGCCUUUACUGUCCCGCGACUCCUCUUCCUCUUCCUCAAACCAGCUGCCCGUCCAAGUCGGCGGCAUCGUCGCCAGCUACAUAAUCUUCGAUGCUCUGGUAGUCUGCCUUCUACUGCUUGUGGGACGACGACUGCGCAGGGCCGUCCAGGCAUCCAACUACACGCUGGAGGUGGUUAUGAUACAGCCCGGCAAGAUCACCGCCAGCACCGACCCCAGCCCGAUCUCCGGCGACAUCAGUUUCCCCAGCCCCGUCCAACCGUCAUCUCGCGGCGGCUGGAAUAUGUCGUGGUCCAGUAUGGCCAAACAUCAUAAGGGCGGCCACGCCUCGACCAACAACAGCGUCACGACAGUUGACGAAAGCGUCGUGUCGGCGGAUAAACGCCGCGCGCAGGAGGAAAUGGAGUUCCUGUAUGCGGCCGUCAUGGAGCACGAUGCGAGAAAGGCAGCAUCAUCGGCGAAUUCGUCGCCGGUCUUGGAGAACGAGCAGCAAGUAACCACCUUUUCACCGUUGGGCUCGCCUGUGGAAUCGCCGCUUCACAGCCCUCAUCUGUUCCCACCGCCUCGUCCUGAACCCCAACAUCAAUAUCAAACCCCAUUGUCGCCGCGACAGGGAAGCACCACCACGACGACAAACAAAUCUCGCACAAGCCAGCGCUUGUCUCGCAUCUCCAACCUGUCCAUCUUCAGCCCCUCUCGCCUCUCCUCCAACUCCAACAAACUCAAAUCUCCCCGCUCAAUCCGCGACUUGCCCAUCUCGCCUCCCGUGCGCUCGCCAGACGUCGCCAGAACCGCAACCUUCGACAACAGCGCUCCCCUAUCCCCACGCAUGUACACCCCCGGACCACCACCCCUCGCCCCUCUCACAACGGCCUCUUCAUCCACCCCCAAACCCGUACCCGCAAGCUUCGCUCUCCAACCCAUCAGCCUGCAGAGCACCCCGCGCUCCAACGCGCCCGCCCCACUGAGCAUCACCAGCAGCAACACAAUGCUUCCAUUCCGGCAGCAAUUCAACCCGCCGCUGAGCGCGCCGCCGACAAAAACAACGAUUCUGGAGCGUCCGUUGCAUGUCCCCGGUGGACCGCGAACGGGGAUGCCCACCCCUUACAGCCCGUAUAUGCCAUUCACACCCGUUACGCCGCUGACGCCCAGCCGGUUUGUGACGAAGCGCGAGAAGAGAAUGAAGGAUAAGAGUAAUGGGUUGAGGGUGUUGCAUGAGGAUGAUAUGGUGAAGGGGGAUGAUGAGAUGUGGGGGACGUAAUCCCUAACAACUCUCUAUUAUUUAUUCAUUUACGUUAGGGUAUGCGGAGUUGUGAUUCAGGUCUUGUCGAUAGUUGAAUAAUAGUUCAUAAUCUCAGUGCACAAUAUGCGUACA